CAUGGUAGAUAGUAUGCCAUUCGUACAUUUUUUAUGGGUUGAUGAUUUCAAAAUUUACUGAAAUUUUAAAAUCGACUUCCAGCUAUGAAGUACAUGUAUGAUCUUAGGGAUAUAUGGAACGUCCUUGUCUUCUAUAUAUUGAUGGUUAGUGAUGCAAAUUCCCUAAAAAUACAAAAUAUUAAAGAAGUAACCAAACAUUGUUUAUACGGUCAGUAUAAAGAUGGAGAAGUUUGCAAAGAAUGUCCAGCUGGAUAUACAGGAGUGAACUGCUCUAAAAAAUGCACCCCACCAUCAUACGGGGUUUUAUGUAGCGAAAAUUGUAACUGUUCAUAUUGUCAUUAUGAGGUUGGAUGCAUGUCAAAUCCUAAAGUUAAUGGGCCUGAGCGAAAAAUAGAUUGCCUGUAUAACCAAUACAAAGAUGGAAAUAUUUGCAAAGGAUGCCUAGCGGGAUACUUUGGAUUUAACUGCUCUAUGGAAUGUAAUUUUCCUAAUUAUGGGAUUGCCUGUAGUAAAAUAUGUAACUGUUCAUCUUGCCAUCAUGUAGUUGGGUGCAUUUCAUCUUUAAAAUCAACAGAAAAGGGAAAACAAACUACACAAAUGGGAAACCGGAUAUUUUUAACUCAAAUUAAUUUGAUAAUCUUACUGAUUGGAGGAAACAUAACGCUUGGGCUACUUGUGCUAAUCUGUUAUGCAAUACAGAGACAUUGGUUCUUAGUUAUGAGCAACCCUAACGACUUUUCAUCACAUGUUUAUUAA